AUGGGAGACCGCACUCUAUUCAUACCACCACAUGUGGGAGACAACGUGUUGCCAAAUCUUCCCUUUUUCCACAGACUAUUGCGUUAUGCGCAACGUAAGCCUUCGCCCAUUGUGGUUCGCGACUUGGUUGCCGACAUGGAAAAGACAUACCAUCAUCUUGUGUCGGAUGUGUUGGCCUUUCGCAAAGUUUUGGAAAGCUCACUCAGCCAUGAAGCUCGACGUGAUUUGAUUGCGGACAAGGAGGUAUACAUCGGGUUGCUUGCACCGGGGGGGUAUGAAUACACCGUCGGCUUCAUUGCAAUCCUCGCAAUCGGCGCAGCAGUCGUGCCUAUGGCUGCCGCAUUGCCAGCAGAAGAAGCUUCGUACUUCUUAUUGAAAGCGCGAUGUGUAGCUCUGGUAGCCAGCACAACCAGCGAAAGAGUCGCACACUCCGUGGUUCACUAUAUGAGAGAAAGCAAAGGCGUGCACAUCCCCUGCAUAUCCCCAAUUGGAUCUCAUUUCCGCCCCACGCUUCUCUCGGCAGAUGAAGCCACCAUCUCAUCUGGCCCGGUUCCAGAUAUGAACGCCGCAGCACUGCGUCGCAGUUAUAUCUCCGGGAAUGGGGAGGCCGACGCAGACUAUUACCAAAUCACAGACAAGGACACUGUCCUCCAUGUCCUUCCGGUGCAUCAUGCCUCGGGUGUUGGGUUGACUUUCCUCCCGUUCCUUACCGCCGGUGCUUGUAUUGAGUUCCGCAGUGGCAGCUUCGAUACGGCGUGGACGUGGGAGCGCUGGCGACAGGGAGGUCUUACCUUUUUCUCUGGAGUUCCAACCAUAUACAUGCGUAUGAUGCGGUACUAUGAAGAGAACAUUGCGCACCAAGCUCCUGAGAUACGUGACCAGUAUAUCGCUGGUGCGCGUCAGAUCAGAGCAAUGCUGUGUGGUACUUCGGCACUUCCAGGGCCUGUACAAGAGUUCUGGCAUCAAAUCAGGGACAAACCAAUUCUCACUCGAUAUGGUGCGACAGAGUUUGGCGCAGUCAUCAAGACUGAACUUGAUUCCGAUGGAACGCCACGAAAUAGUGUUGGUUGUGUUGCUGAGGCAGUCUCACUCAAGCUUACCGAUGAAGGUCAGAUAUUAGUGAAGUGCCCUUAUAUGUUUUCCAAGUAUCUCUUCGACGAGAAAGCAACAGCGGAUGCACACGACGCUGAGGGGUACUUCAAAACUGGAGAUAUUGCUCGCCGCGAAGGAAAGUAUUAUUUCAUCCUAGGCCGUGCCUCGAUCGAUAUCAUCAAAUCCGGUGGCUAUAAGAUCUCCGCAUUGGAUAUCGAGCGCGAGAUCCUGGGUCUGGACUAUGCUUCGGAGGUCAUGGUUGUAGGCGUUGAAGAUGAGGAGUUUGGUCAACGGGUUGCUGCUACUGUCAGCCUCAAACAAGAUCAAAAAACAACACGUAAGAGCCUUACAAUCGCCGAGCUGCGGGAAGAUCUGCGGAGUAGGAUGGCUGGGUAUAAGAUGCCAACUAUUCUUCGUGUGGUCCAAGGGGAGUUGCCCAAGUCGGGUACAGGGAAGGUGCAGAAGAAGAUAUUGGGACCGCAGUUCUUUCCGCCUAACUAUCGAGAGCUGCCUGAGGUGCAAGUUUGGAGUAGGGAGAAUAAAGCCAAGCUAUAG